AUGCCCCCAGCUCAGCCCGAGAGGGCCAUCGAUCGGGAAGAGCGUCAGGGCCUUCGUGCCAUCCGCAACUUCCUCAAAGUCCGUACCAGUUACGAUGUCCUCCCCCUUAGUUUCCGACUCAUAAUCUUCGACACCUCGUUGUCCGUCAAGGAGAGUUUGAACAUCCUCAUCCAAAAUGGCAGGUGUAUCGUCUCGGCUCCGUUAUGGGAUUCCAAGGCCUCGACUUUUGCCGGUCUUUUGACCACCUCCGACUACAUCAAUGUCAUCCAAUACUACUUCCAGAACCCGGCUGCGCUAAACCAGAUCGACCAAUUCCGGCUCGACAGCCUCCGAGAGGUGGAAAAGGCCUUGGGCGUCGCUCCUCCCGAGACAAUAUCGAUCGACCCGGAACGUCCCCUCUAUGAGGCUUGUCGGCGCAUGCUGGAGUCACGCGCUCGCCGUAUUCCCCUCGUCACAUAUGACAGUCAAACCGAUCGCUCUCUCGUUCUUAGCGUCGUGACCCAGUAUCGCAUUCUCAAGUUCGUUGCGGUCAAUGUCCCAGACACCCAGAAGCUGCGCAAGCCGCUGGGUGAGAUCUUGCUGGGUUCAUAUCAGAAUGUCGCAACGGCAUCCAUGGAUACCCCUGUCAUUGAUGUCAUUCAUAUUCUGGUCGAGCGGAGCAUAUCCAGCGUGCCGAUUGUUAAUUCCGAGGGAGUGGUCUACAAUGUAUUCGAAGCUGUUGAUGUGAUCACCCUGAUCAAAGGCGGGGUGUAUGAUGAUCUCAGCCUGACGGUCGGAGAGGCGUUGAAAAAGCGAUCUCCAGAUUUCCCGGGCAUCUACACGUGCUCCUUAAAUGAUGGUCUGGACACCAUUUUCGACACUAUUCGCAAGUCUCGCGUCCACCGCCUGGUUGUGGUGGAUGAGAACUUCCGGCUCAAGGGCGUCCUGACCCUGAGCGACAUCCUGCAGUACAUCCUCCUCGAGGGCGAAACUGAUGAGCUAUCAUGA